UCUGGAAAGCCCUUUUUGGCAAACAAGCGGAUUCUUUGGAGAAGAGUACAGAGCACGAAGACGAAUACAUGAUAUCAGAUAAUGAUCCGCUAAUAAGCAAAUAUAUUUCUGUGCCCAAGGAAUUAUCACAACUAAAUUGUAACGCGUUUCUUGCUGGAAUUGUUGAAGCAAUUUUAGACGGUGCCCAAUUUCCAUCUCGAGUGACCGCUCAUUCUCUUCCUCAAGACAGUUUUCCGUUACGUACCACAAUAUUGAUUCAAUUGGAUAAAGAAAUUCUUCAAAGAGAAGAGCAGCUUAAAUAA